AUGGUUGAGCCUACAAGUAAAUCUGGAUCUUCGUCAAAUAGCGAAGAAUUAAAAGAUUAGAUGCCUUCUCAGACUUGGUCAUCUGACAGUGAUGACAGUGAAGAUUUUGCUGAUUUCCAUGAAGAAGUGAAAUCGAAGCUCAUAGGGGAACUAGGAGGGAGUGAUAAAUAAAAUGAUAAUAUUGAUCCCAAAUAGUAUAAGGCAGCCAUUGAAAAAAUUAGAUUAAACAAAGUAAACAUGGCGCUGGAUAUGGGUUCUAAAAGAAUUGAAGAUGAAUACUAUAAAGGUGAAAAGAUAGGCGAGGGUGCUUUUGGGAAAGUUUACAAGGUGACUCAUUAUCAUUCUCAUGUAAAAAGAGCAGUGAAAUAGAUUAAAAAAGGUGACUUUAUAGAUCUAAUGAAGAAAAAGAGAGAAAUAGAAGCUCUGCUUAAACUUGAUCAUCCUAAUUUGGUGAGAUUGAUUGAUAAGUUUGAGGACACCAAGAGAAUAUAUCUUGUGUAAGAAUAUCUUAAAGGAGAAACAUUGUUCGAAAGAAUCAAAGCUAGGACUUCAUUCGAUGAGGAUUACUGUAGACAGAUUUUCUCAUAAAUUCUAGAAGGAAUCAACUACAUUCAUAAGCACAAUGUGAGUCAUAGAGAUAUUAAGCCUGAAAAUUUCGUCUUUGUAAGCAAAGACUCAGACCUUUUGAAAAUGAUUGACUUCGGUCUGUCUCAGAAUUUCACACUUUACACCAUGUCAUAAAAAAAACUAAUGAAAAGAAUGGAAACCCCAGUGGGUACAGCUUGGUACACUGCCCCAGAAGUUCAUGAGAAACUUUACACUGAAAAAUGCGAUAUCUGGUCUGCUGGAGUCAUGCUUUACAUCAUGCUUGCAGGUUUCCCUCCCUUUUAUGGUGAUGAUGAAAUUGAAAUAAAAAGAGAGAUUAUGAAGUACAACUAUGACUUCAAAGAUGAGGCCUGGGAUUUCAUAUCUAAUGAGGCAAGAGAUUUGAUAAAAUAAAUGCUGAGUCCAGAGUAUACCAGACCCACAGCAUCUGAGUGCCUUCAGCAUAAGUGGUUUUUUAUGGAGAGUAAAACUGAAAACGAAUUCUCGACAAAAGCACUUUUAAGGCUGAGAGAAUUCUCUUCUCUUAAUAAGUUUAAACAGAUUAUUUACUAUUUGAUUGCUUACAGAUGCAAUCUCUACGAAUAAAUCCAAUCCUAUCAUAAUCUCUUCUCUACUAUUGACAAAAAUAAGCAUGGCUUCAUCACUAAGUAGGAAUUGAUCUAGAACCUUAAAUCUAGAGUGCUUCACUAGGGUCUUCUUAAUAAGAUAGUUGAUGCCAUAGACAUUGACAAAAAUGAUGUGAUUUACUGGAAUGAGUUCAUUUCAUCAUUGAUCACUGUCGAAAUUAUCUAUAAUCAUGAAAAUCUAAAGGAGGUGUACUACUACUUCGAUCUCGACAAAAAGGGUUACUUCGACUCUAAUGACCUGGAUAUCGCUCUCAAAAAGAUUCAAAGAGAGUCAAUGGUAGAAGGUAGCUCGAAAGAUAUGCUUGAGGAGACAUUCAAGAAGCAAUAGAUUACUCUAGAUGAUCUUGAGGAGCUUAUUUACCAAAAGAAAGGGAAAAAGAAAUGA